AUGAGAUUAACCUUUCAUUUGCCUGGAGAGCAAAAUAUUAUCUUUAAAGAUGAUGACGAUCUUGAAGAAAUCGUGGAAGAAGAGGAAGAAAAAUGUACGAUAUUCUUAGCAUGGAUGGAGGCCAAUAAAAAACUUGAAGCAGGUCAAACUUUGACGUAUGGUGAGUUUCCAAAUCAAUUUGUUUAUGAUAGAGUAUCAAGGGAAUGGCAUCCAUGCAAAAGAGGGUAUUCUAUCGGGAGGUUAAAUUAUGUUCCACCGGGUACAUGUGAUAUUUAUUAUAUGAGAAUUUUGUUAGCUGUUCAGAGAGGUUGCACAACAUAUGAGUAUAUUAGGACAGUUAAUGGAAUUAUAUAUUCUAACUUCCAAGAUGCUUGCUAUUCCAUGGGACUACUGUGCGAUGAUAGGGAAUUCAUUGUAGCUAUUAAUGAGGUAGCUGAACUCGCAUCUGGUCAUCAAUUGAGAAAACUAUUUGCGAUACUACUGAUAUCUAAUAGCAAUAGCAAUCCAGAGCGUGUUUGGAAUGCAACUUGGACAUUAUUAGCUAAUGGAAUACUAUAUGAGAGGAGAAAAGCUUUGAAAAACCAAAGACUAAACAUGACUCAUGACGAAUUGAAAAAUCUCUGCUUUAUUGAGAUUGAUGAGAAGAUACUCAACAGCAAUGCGAGAUCUUUAAAAGACUAUCAAUUAAUGCCAUAUCCUGAGAUGUCUGAUGUUCGCCUUUUUCAAAAUAAGCUAAUAGAGAAGGAUUUAGCAUAUGACACAAAUGAGUUGACUCAUACAAACUUAUAUACGAAACAAAAGAUGACUCAUGAGAAAAGAACGACUCAUUCUAGAUUUUCAAUACCCAUUACAAUUACUGAUGAAUCUACUUGCAACAUCAAGCAUGACAAUUUGAAGGCUGAGCUGCUCAUCCAAAGUAGCUUAAUAAUUUGGGAUGAAGCUCCAAUGCUCAAUAAAAUGUGCUUUGAAGCACUUGAUCGGACGCUCAGGGAUCUUAUGUCAGUUACCGAUCAACAUAAGACACAUAAACCAUUUGGUGGUAAGGUUGUUGUUCUAGGAGGUGAUUUCAGACAGAUACUUCCGGUGAUUCCGAAAGGAAGUAGACACGAUAUAUUGGCAUCCGUUAUUAACUCAUCCCAUCUCUGGUCAUUUUGUAAGGUUCUGAAACUGCAUACAAAUAUGAGGCUUCUAAUGUUUUCUUCGGAUCAAGAUGAAGGUGAAAUGAAGAGAUUUGCUAAUUGGAUACUUGAUGUUGGAAAUGGAAAUAUUGUCUCUAUUGUUGGUGAUGAAUCAGAAGUUGAAAUUCCAAAUGAUCUAUUGAUUACAACUACUGAUGACCAUUUGGUAGACUUUGCAUAUCCAAAUUGUUGUAAAACAUGUCAGAUUACAGGGAUAGAAAAGAAGUAUUUGAGCUCUAACACAAUAUGUCAAGCUGAUGAGAAUGAAGAUGUACAACAAGAGUGGUUCACACCAGAGUUCCUAAAUGAUAUAAUGUUCGAGACUACCCAAUCACAAGUUGACUUUGAAGACAGGAGUCGCUGUAAUGCUACUCUGAAACAUAGACCAAACUUCGGGUUUAUGCAACGGGACAAGAUUAAUAGUUAA